GCCGAGAAGACAGAACUCAAAAACCCAUAAAAAAUCCCUCUCGGAGAGAACUUGCAGGCUGCAGCAAACACUGCACGGGAGUUCCAGUGAGCGAUCGCCGGCGAAAUUGAAAGGGAAAAGAGGAGAACAAGGAGAGAGGAGAACUAGAGCUCAUCGGGAAUGGCGUCAUCGUCGAGCAGCGGGCUGACUUUCAAGCUUCAUCCGCUGGUGAUGGUCAAUAUUUCGGAUCACUACACCCGCGUCAAGUCGCAGAUGAACCCUCCGGUUACGAGCACAAGCUGCUCGAACACCAACGGCAACGGAAACGGCGAAGGAGGCGAUUCCGCGGCCGUGAAGGCGCCAGCGCCACCGCCGAGAGUGUACGGAUGCGUGAUCGGAGUUCAGAGGGGACGAACCGUCGAGAUCUUCAACAGCUUCGAGCUUCUCUACGACUCCGCCACUGACUCCCUCGACCGUGCUUUCCUCUUGAAGAAGCAGGAGCUCUAUAAGAAGGUUUUCCCGAACUUCUACGUACUGGGAUGGUAUUCCACUGGCAGUGAUGCGGAAGAAUCUGAUAUGCACAUCCAUAAAGCUUUGAUGGAUAUCAAUGAAAGUCCUGUAUAUGUCCUACUGAAUCCCGCCAUAAAUCAUGCUCAGAAAGAUCUUCCUGUGACUAUUUACGAAAGUGAGAUGCAUGUGAUUGAUGGAAUUCCACAACUGAUAUUUGUCAACUCAAGCUACACUAUUGAGACUGUAGAAGCUGAAAGGAUUUCAGUUGAUCAUGUUGCACACCUUAAGCCGUCUGAUGGAGGCUCUGCAGCCACCCAAUGCAAGUUUCUCUGCCCUUUGGCUGCUCAUCUUACCAGCAUACACAGUGCCAUCAAGAUGUUAAAUAGCAGAAUUAGGGUGCUUCAUCACUAUCUUGUAGCUAUGCAGAAAGGUGAAAUUCCGUAUGAAAACUCCUUGCUUCGACAGGUAUCAAGCCUUCUGAGAAGAUUGCCAGCUAUUGAAUCUGAAAAGUUUCAAGAUGAUUUCCUAAUGGAAUACAGCGACACACUGCUGAUCACAUACCUCGCCAUGUUCACCAACUGCUCAAGUACAAUGAACGAGCUGGUAGAAAAAUUCAACACUGCAUAUGACAGGCACAGUCGAAGGGGUGGACGAACUGCCUUCAUCUAAUCUUCAGCCUGACCAAGUCUUUUUGUUUUGAGAAUGGCGAUGCUAUCCUGCUGCACCUGGUGGUUCUAUUUACGUCUUCCCUCUGGCACAUAGAGUUUACAGUCAUUAGGAGUCACCUCUUUUGAAAACGAUGCAUCCUGCACUCUAGCUUUCGAAACAAACAGAACCAAAUGAUACAUUGCCUCUUAUUUGGUUUUGCCGUAAAUUCUGACAUGCUCUUCGAUUUCCUGUUAUUUCGAAAUCUAGGGAUUUCGUCAUCUUUUCCCUUCCAUUGAGUGGGAUGCUCGCUAGUUAGUCUUUAUCAGUGGCACAAUCCAUUUAAGGAUGCUCACUAUAGUAUGAAUAUAAGUAUCAAAGUCGAUCUUCAAUGUUUCUCUCGAAAUUUGCUGUCCGUUUUGCUGCAUUUAAGCAAUAUAGCUACAGAACA